UUUCAUAGCGGAAAUAUAUUACUUAGUAUGAUUCAAUGGAAAAUUGGGGAUCUAGGAUUAUCACAUCCUAUAAAUAAAUCAUCAAAUGAUGAAAUAUAUGGAGUUAUACCUUAUAUUGCACCAGAAAUAUUUAAAGGAUCUGCAUUUUCCAAAGAAGCUGAUAUGUAUAGUUUUGGUAUGAUUAUGUGGGAACUUACAACAGGCUGCAAACCUUUUGCUAAUAUUAAACAUGAUAUUCAUCUUAUUUACAAAAUUCUUGAUGGAGAACGACCCAAAAUUACAGAAGAUACACCAGAAUGUUAUGCUAAUUUAAUGAAAAGUUGUUGGGAUCCUGAUCCAAAUAAAAGACCACUGAUAAAAGAAAUUUAUUUAACUCUUGGUAAUUGGUUUUUUAAAAGUAAAUAUAAAGAAGAAUUUAUUCAAGCUGAAGAAAAAAGAAAUAAACUGAUAAAAUCAAAGAAUAUUGGUCCUGAAUUUGCUGAAAAAAAUCACCCAGAAGCCAUUUAUACAAGUAGGCCAUUAAGUGCUUUUAUUUCUAAAUGUCUAUCCACAAAUAUAUCAUCGACAAUUUCAUUUGGUAAUAAUCAAGAUUAUGAUUAUAAUUAUAUUUCGAAAGAAAAAGAGCUUGAUAUAGAAAUUGAAAGUUUAUCGUCGCAAAAUUUAACAAUUCAAAAUCCUUCAACCUCAUUAAAAAAGCGAAACAAUGAAGAAUUAAACCUUGAAACAUAUGAUAAUAGUGGUAAAUAUCAUAUUUGUUGUCGUUUAUUUUUUCUUUUUGUUUAUAUUAAUAUUUAUUUUUUUUUCCAAACUUAAAAUAUUUUAAAGUAGAAAAACGUAUUAAAUCUAGUUAAAAUUCGUUGUAU